AUGGAGCCCGUGCGGUUCCCUGUGGCCGCGCCGGCGGAGAUUCCUGCUCCUGCUCCGGCCGGUUCAAGUGCGGACGCCCAGAUCUAUCGGCCGGCAGCAUCCUGCGGGGAUAAGGCUCAGGGGUCCGAGCACUCAAUAGAGCAGUUGGACCCGAAGACACCAGGAUGGACGCAAAGGAUGCGUGUAGGUGCUGCUGCUCCAGGAAGGCCUCCUUGUGCGGACAGGAUCACGGCGCUGGAGCAAACCGUUAGAGAGUUUGCGGAUCAUCCAAGAGACAUAGUUAUGGUGCCAAAGAUUGGAACAAGUUUUGACACCCUCGUAGAAGCAUACGACUUUUACAAUUUAUACUCAUGGGAGAAAGGGUUUGGAAUUCGCUACGGAAAGAGUAGGCUGAACGUGAACAGGAGCAAGUGUAUGCAAGAGAUCGUGUGUGGAUGCGCGGGGAAGCCAAUCAUUGAGAAUACUCGUUCGUGCCGGUGUGAAUGCCCAUCCCUCAUCAGACUACUGAGAACAAAAGACAAUGGAUGCAAGGAUUUAGUGAAGCAGUUGAGGCAGAACAAUGUCAAUUUGUCAAAAGUCUACAACAUUAUUGGCAGCUUUUUUGGAAAGAUGGAGAAUGUGCCAUUUACCAAAAGAGCUCUGCGGAAUUUGUGUGGCAAGAUAAGCCGGGAGCAAGCAGAAGAUGAUGUUAGGAAAACAAUGGAAGUGUUUCAUGAUCUGUGCUCAAAGGAUCCACAAUUCACGUAUCGAGUUCAGGCGGACAAAGAGGGCAGGAUCAGCAACUUGAUGUGGGCUACAGGGAACAGUAGGCUCCAGUACAACUUCUUUGGGGAUGUCAUUACAUUUGACACAACCUAUAGGACCAACCUGUAUGACAUGCCAUUUGGGUUAUUUGUUGGAGUGAACAACCAUUUCCAGAGUAUCAUACUAGCUGGUGUGCUAGUUCGGCAUGAGACAGAGGAAACAUUUGAGUGGGUCUUCUCAGAGUUUGUUAGGAUAAUGGGGGGGAGGGCGCCACAAACAAUACUUACCGAUCAAAACAGGGCGAUGGAGGUUGCCAUAAGUAAUGUCAUGCCAAACACGGCUCACCGGUGGUGCAAGUGGCAUGUGCUAAAGAAGGCAAAAGAGCCGCUUGGCCCAUUGUACACAAAGAAGAGUGAUUUUCAACCAGAGUUUCACAAGGUUGUCAACCACAUGCUAACCAUAGAUGAGUUUGAGGAUGGCUGGAAGUACUUAAUAGAGAAAUACAACUUGAAAAGUCAUGACUACAUGACUAAUUUGUUUGAAAUACGGCACAAAUGGGCAAAGCCCUACUUCAAGGGGGUGUUCUGUGCAAAAAUGACCAGUACACAACGGAGUGAAAGCGCAAAUCACAUGCUAAAGAACUACGUGCCGCCUGGUUGCCCUAUGCAUGUUUUUGUGAGGAAGUAUAUGAGUUUAAUUUUUGACCAUGAGUCAGAAGAAAAUUAUGAGGAAAAGCGGACAACAAUUGGGAGGCCACUUAUGCGAGCAAAUAUGGCAACUGAGAGACACGCUGGGAAGAUUUACACAAGAGCUAUGUUCGAGCAGUUUGGCCAUAUACUGUAUGAGUGUGGUGCAUAUCAGGUAGAAGAAAAAGAAAAAGGGAAAGAGUAUAUCGCAAUACAUACAGAUGCUGCACGGCGGGAGAAGUGGUGCAGAACCUCAUACAAGGUGACGGUGAUUGAAGGUGGAGAUGAAUUUGAUUGCGAGUGCGGACAGUUUGCCCACAUGGGGCUGUUGUGUAGCCAUAUACUGAAGGUAAUGGACUUCAUUCGUGUGACAGAAAUCCCAAAGAAGCACAUUGUGAAAAGGUGGACACGAGAUGCGAGAGAUGUGCUUCCAGCCCACCUGAUGCAGUACCAGAGAGACAACGCUCAGGAAAACCCAUUUAGUUUCAGGCAUUUCAAUCUGUACAAGCAAGCCAUGGAGCUUGUACGCAUGGGAGACUCAAGUGUGGCAGCUUACGACCGCUUGACAUCACUAUUCAAUCACUGUGAAGCCGAGAUGAAGCCGUACACGGAUGUCAGAGAUGGCCUAGGUUUGGAGGACAGGUUAGCCGGCAAUGGUACUGUUCAGAAAAUGUUACAAUCAGGAGGCGACGUAUGCAAUCCGUUCGAAGCUACACAAGUCGACGACGGAAACGAUGACAGCAACUCGUCUAAUGAGUCUGCAAAUAGGAUCGAUAACCUGCUGGCACCUGCCAGACGGAAGCAAGUUGGGAGGCCGACAAUGAGUAGGGAGAAGGCGCCAUAUGAAGGUUUAAGUAAGAGAACUAGGUUCUGCGGGAUAUGUAGGCAGCAGGGACACAAGCGGACAACCUGUCCCGAACGAGGAGAUGUACCAAAGCAGCCACGCAAACCAGCAAGAUGCAAGAAUUGUGGAGUUGAAGGACACCGGAGGAACAAUUGCCACAAGGCCGCGCAACUAAGGCUGGUUUAA